UAAAACGCUACUUUUUGAAUACAAAUUAUGAAUAACUCCGAUACCCUGCAAAUAAAAAUUACCAGUUUACGCUACGGUUCUAGCUAUGGUGUUCACCAAUGUGGAUUUAUAGUACUUCAGUUGUCAAUUCGAAUAGCAAUUGAUUGCAAUAACAACCACCCACAUACAUACACAUGUUCUCUUGUAAUAAUGCCUUCAGCGAAUACCGAAGAGUUGCGGCGAAAGUUUACUGUUGUUCAGCAACAGCGCUCAGUUCCGUCGAAAUUCGCGUUAAUGACCACCACCUCUGCUGUGUACGAUCAUUUAGACACAAACAUCACCACAUCAAUGAUGGUUCAGGCAACACCAAUGAUUCCUCUACAGGAACCCGAACAUACCUACAUAUUUCCUGGAGCAAUAAACCUUGCCGGUGGGCUUGGAGCAAGCGCUAUCCAUAGUAUGGCACCGGGCAUUCCUGGCGUUGCUGUUGUGUCUGCGCCAUCACACAGCCUCAGCGUGGGAACGGAUAGUCGCGGCCAUAUAAGGUCUGUGAGUCACGGAGGCGGUGCCAUUAUAGGGCCGAGAGGCCGUCCAAUGAAAUCAGCUAUGAAAGGACAUCAACGUGCUUUUUCACAUGGCCAAAUUACAGAUUCACCAGGCGCUCCUGGAGCCUCACGAGGCCAUAGUCGCGUUGGUUCAAAAACUGAUUUUAUCCUACCACCUGGUCACAAAGAGGAAGUAGAAAGUCGGGAGUUUGGGCCAUCUGUUGCAUCUUCAGGGGGUGGGCGUGGUCAUUCGAGGCAGGCAUCGCGUUCAGAAUCUAUAUACACUUUGCGUCGCUCUGAAACACCACCUUGGUGGAAGCGGAUAGCUGUAUGUCAUACUGAGAAACUCGAAGAGCGAAGCUAUCGUGUCCUCGUACCAAAUCACACAGUUCCACCAAAGACUCCCAAGCGGGCUCAUCCGAAUGAAGAUUUUGUGGGCAAUAAAAUACGCACGACAAAGUACACACUGCUGUCCUUCGUACCAAAAAAUUUACUUGAACAAUUCCAUCGUGUUGCGAAUUUGUAUUUUAUUUUUAUCGUUCUGCUGAAUUGGUUUCCAGCGAUAAAUGCGUUUGGCAAAGAAGUUGCCAUGAUACCUGUUCUCUUUGUGCUCGGUGUGACCGCAGUUAAGGACUUAUUUGAAGACAGACGACGUCGUUACUCCGACAAGCGAAUCAACAACACGACAUGUCGUAUUUAUGACGGUGAAACAGAGCGCUACAAAAAGAUUAAAUGGCAAGAUGUCCGCGUUGGUGACCUGGUGCAUUUAUCUAAUAAUGAGACCGUGCCGGCAGAUAUUCUGCUUCUGCGAACGAGUGACUCACACGGUGCCUGUUAUAUUGACACUUGUGAUUUAGAUGGUGAAACAAAUCUAAAACGGAGAGAAGUUGUGCGAGGUUUUACAGAUAAACAGAAUAUAUUCACACCAAGUAAAUUCGUGAGUCGUGUCGAGGCUGAUGCACCCACUACAAAACUUUAUAGAUUCCAUGGGGCCUUAAUACAUCCAACUGGGAAUCGCAUACCCAUUGCCACAGAAAAUUUGCUGCUGAGGGAAAGUCGCCUGAAAAAUACUGAUUUUAUUGAGGGCAUCGUGGUGUAUGCAGGCCACGAAACAAAAUCAAUGCUGAACAACAGUGGCCCUCGGUAUAAACGCUCUCAUGUCGAACAACAGAUGAAUAUUGAUGUGAUAUGGUGUGUGAUAAUUUUAUUGAUAUUAUGCAUUGUGGGUGCUGUUGGCUGCAAAAUGUGGUUAACCUCUUUUAAGCAUUUUCCUGUACCAUAUCUACCUUUUGACGUUAACCCCAGUUAUGAAGGCCUUUUGACUUUCUGGACGUACAUAAUAAUAUUGCAGGUGAUGAUUCCAUUGUCUUUGUACGUUACAAUCGAAUUAUGCAAAAUCCUCCAAGUGUACCACAUACACAACAAUAUUGACUUGUACGACCAGGAUACAAAUAAAAAGACAGAAUGCCGCGCAAUGAACAUUACAGAAGAAUUGGGCCAAAUACAGCAUAUAUUUUCAGAUAAAACAGGAACACUCACUGAAAAUAAAAUGCUGUUUCGGCGAUGCAUUGUCAAUGGCAUUGACUACAAUCACCCGCCUUCUGAGUUGGAAAAAUUGCAUUCAAAGCCAGGCACGCCUGCGCCACCGUUAAUAUCAAAUUCCACAUUGAUGAAUGAUAUGCUAGAAGUAAUAAACUCUGGCCACUGUUUAUCGCCAAAUGCGCAACGACUUCAAGAAUUUCUUUUGGUAUUAGCAAUGUGCAAUACUGUGAUUGUAAGCGCCACACCCCAUCAUGAUUUGAUGAAUGCCAGUGGCAUAAUGGAGGUUCAAGGAGCGAGCAAGAGUGAUUCAGGAGUGCUGGAAAGUUUAAAGGACAAUCGAACUCCACUUCAAAAUAUAACUCAAACAGAUUCGUCUUCAUCAUCUAUAGCGGCAGAGUAUAAUAACUUGGCGCCUGCUAUACCCCCUGAUCGUUAUACUCGUUUAGCCGAAUCGCGUUCAGUAACACCAUCGCCGCCCCCAAACCUCUCUUAUAUUUUGCCGUCGCGGACACAUAUUCCAUCUUUAUCGCCGAUAAACAGCUCUGCAGAGACUACACCUACUUCUGAUUCGCCUCCAUUGAAAAUUAAAUCAAUUUCCAAUAGCAUAGCACCAACGGGGCGAGCAAAAGCAGUGAUAAAUUCAAAAAUAACAAGCCUUACCUCGUUUCUUAAUGUAAAAGCACAAGCGAAAAAAUUUUCCAACAAAAUAAAUCAAACAAAGAACCGACAACCAAUCAAAACGGCCGACGGAAGACCGUUUUAUGAAGCCGAGAGUCCAGAUGAGCUUGCGCUGGUGAACGCUGCCUACAGCUAUGACUGUUGUUUGGUCAAUCGUAGUCCAAAUCAUAUACUAGUUAGCAUUGCCAACACAGGUAUUAUAGAAUAUGAAGUUCUAAAGAUUUUACCUUUCGAUUCGAACCGCAAGUGCAUGUCCAUCGUUGUUCGUCGCACUGGAACGCAGGAAAUCAUACUUUAUUCAAAAGGUGCCGACAGCUCCAUUAUGCCUGUAUUAGCGCCAUGCGCCCCAAACACUCCGGAGGGUCUAAUGCGAGAAAAGACCCUACAACAAUUGGAUCGCUAUGCGCGUGAUGGUUUGCGCAUAUUGGUCAUGGCGAAACGGAUACUUAACCCUGCUGAGUAUACCGAAUGGUGGGCGCGUCAUCAAGAAAUUGAAAUGUCAUUAGAGAACAGAGAACGACGAAUUCGUGACUCGUUUGCAAAGCUGGAGUCUAAUUUAAUAUUAUUGGGUGCUACGGGCAUUGAGGAUAGGUUGCAAGAUGGCGUUCCAGAGACGAUAGCUGCUAUGCUUUCCGCCGGCAUUUCAAUGUGGGUGCUAACAGGCGAUAAGCCAGAAACGGCAAUCAACGUUGCGUAUUCGGCGAAAUUGUUUACGCAACAGAUGGAAAUAAUACGUCUAACGGCACGUUCCCGCGAUGCUGCCGAGAGUGCAAUUAAUGUUUACUUAGCCGAGUUGGACAACAGCAAGUCAUCCUAUAAUACUCGGCUGAAACCACGUGCUCUGGUGGUUGACGGAAAAACACUCACUUUUAUCCUGGAUUUGCGCUCGAAACUUAUUAGACCCUUCUUGAGACUAGCCAGAAGCUGCGCAUCUGUCUUGUGCUGCCGUUCGACUCCUCUUCAGAAAGCUUAUCUGGUAAAAGUGGUGAAAGAAGAGUUGCGUCUCUGUACUUUAGCUAUCGGUGACGGCGCCAACGAUGUCUCAAUGAUACAGAUGGCUGAUGUUGGCGUUGGUAUCUCCGGCCAAGAAGGUAUGCAAGCAGUAAUGGCAGCUGAUUUCACAUUAUCACGUUUUCGUUAUUUGGAGCCCUUAUUGUUAACGCAUGGAUACUGGUGUUACGAUCGCUUAUCGCGCAUGAUUCUUUAUUUCUUUUACAAAAAUGCCGCCUUUGUGUUCCUAAUAUUCUGGUAUCAACUCUACUGCGGAUUUUCUGGUUCUGUUAUGAUAGAUCAGAUGUAUCUGAUGCUCUAUAAUUUAAUAUUUACAUCGUUACCUCCCCUUGCCAUCGGCGUGUAUGAUAAGCGCGUGCCCGAGGAUUUUUUAUUACGAAAUUGUUUUUUGUACAAGCAUGGUCGACUGGGUCUCGCUUAUAAACCUCAUGACUUCUGGAUAAUACUCCUAGAUGCCCUUUACCAAAGUUUAGUAGUAUUUUUUAUGGCUUUGUGUUCAUAUGCUGACUCGGAUGUUGGUAUUUGGGAGUUCGGAGCGACGAUUACAGCUUCCUGUUUAUAUACGAAUUUAGUUCACGGUGCACUAGAAAUAAGAUCAUGGACAAUAUUACACGCGCUCUCUAUUAUCAUAAGUCUUGGUUCAUUUUAUGCCUUCUCUAUUAUUUAUAACGCAAAGUGUGUUAACUGUUUUGGACUACCGUCUACUUAUUGGGUGAUAUUUCGCUGUUUCGGGUCUGCAGUGCAUUGGCUCGUGAUACUCAUAUCGACCUUGGUGGCCGUUUUACCGCGACUCCUGUUUAUAACCAUUAAAAAUGCAUUAUUUCCUGCUGAUAGUGUAAAGAUUUUGCUACAAAGACAGAAAGACCGUAGUAGAGGUGAUGCUUUGUUAGUUGCUUGGUCAAGGUCAACAUCAGCUUCAUCAAUUUUUAGAACCGACGAUUAUGGGUCUAAGAAUCAAAUUAUAACGUCCAUUGCAUAAUAAUAGUUUCCAACUGCGAAAUUUUGUACGGUUAUCAUUAUUAGAGGGCUGCUAUACCUGAAUUCUUGGACAACAAUCAUCUGAUGAAAAUAUAUUUUAGAAACAUCUAAAAUAGUAUGCGCGGGAGGAUUAGAUCCAAAAGGAUGGUGUGCAUAUAUUUGCGUGUAUGACUGAAUGAGUUAAGGAGUACAGUAUUCCCCACUUAAUUGCACUUCAAAAAUUGCACAAUUUGGUCCAAUUAACCGGGGAAUCAAUUAACCGAUACAUGUUUAGUUGAACAGUUUGUCUAUUACAGAAGUUCCGCUAAAUAAGACAAUCUAAUUAAUUAAAAGAAAAUGCAUGUGUACAUUUUAAAUCAUGAUCAAAUUUAAUAAUAUAGUUUAAACUUUAAACAAAAAAGGAUAAGGAAUAAAAACAAUUUAUAUUUAUUAUUUUUCAUACGUAAGUAUUUAGACUUGUCCUCACAUUUUGGGAGAUAAUUGUUAUAAAAAAAAA